UUUUCCCGGGAACGAUAUUAAUAGUACUUCCGGUUUCUUUGUUCCACGUUGAAUAUUCGGGCGUGAAUUUUUGCCAGCCUGUUAGGAAUUUGUUGCCGGAAUUGUAAAGAUUCAGGCAACAUUGUCGUGGUUUCUAUAUGCAAAUGGCAGAAGGUUUUGCCCUUGUGUUUCCUGACUGCCUUUGAUAUUCUCCUGCUGAGGGUGAACGUGAGGAGAGGCCAGACAGGGAAACCCAAAGCCGCGACUCGGUAUUCCUGCAACGCGCUCUGAGCGGCGCUUGCCAGGACGCGGGCACAUUUUCUUCCGAAGCCAGUGUUAACUCAAAACAAGACGCAAAAUGCUCAUGGAGCCGACCUUAACGACUGCUGUGGCAAGCCCUUGGGGCUCCCAGCUGCCAUCCAGAGAACCAGAGACAGCCCCUCAUGUGUACCACAAGUACCUGGACACAGGGGACCUGGAUGCUGAUAUCCAGGCAAUAGAAGCAGAAAUAGAAAGAGUUAAACAGGAGAAGCAGGUGACUCAGGAAUACAGAAGAAACCUGUCGACUGGUAACAGUGCGUCCUGCUCCACCUCCGUGGCCAGCUCAGAGUACGACGCGGACGAGGACACCAUCAUCGAUGUCGGCGGCAUCUCCGAUAACUUCUUUAGUGGGUCCGAGUCAGACUACCUUAAUACAUCCAUCCUGAAUCUUCUCGAGGAUGGAAAUGCAACAGACCAUGUUUCUCUGAGCACCUUUGAGUUGUCAGACAGUGACCUUGACCUACAAGUGGCAAACAACGUGAGUGUAACACAGAGUAAUGACAACAAAGCAGAGAGCAUCCCUAGCCUACCAAAUCCACCCAGCCCUCCCAAGAAGAAGAGAAAACACCUGGACAAUGUCCCAUGGACGGACAUGUCAGAUGAAGAGCAGAUCAGUGUGGUGGAGAACCUGAGUCAUGUGAUCAGUAACAGCAUGGGGCUCCGGGAACAACUGGAGGUGAUACGAAUCAUCAGUCCAGAUGCCAAAAUACAUCCCACAGACAGCGAGUUUGUCAUAGAUCUAGAUGAAAUAGAUGAUGCGAAGCUGCAGCAGGUUCGGAACUUUGUGAAGACAUGUAUAGACAAGAGAAGUAAAGACUGCAGCUCGUCCUCCAGCAGCUGCAGUGAGUCCAGCAGCAGUGGCUGCAGCAGCUCCAGCGAUGGGCAUGUGCACACCAUGACACAGGCCGAGAAGACAAAGGAAUCAAAGAGACAAUCUCGUGAAAGAAGAAACCAGCUGAAAGCCCUGAGACAGAGACAGAAGAAAGAACACAGACAGGCCAUGAAGGAAAAAAGAAGUGGGUUUUUUGGCAAAGAGGAGGUCCUUAAUUUGCAGAGGGUAAAAGAAGAGGAGGAGGAAUCUCUUGACGUGGACAUACUUGGAUGACAUCACGCUCCCAUGGGAGUUUGUUACUAUAAAAUUCAGUUUUGACAAGUCUGUCCAGUUGCAAUCCUAUUGUGCUGCAUUGUUGCAGAAAGUUCUCAACAUGGUUCCCAAUUCAAAGAAAUCUGAAGCAUUUUAUGUUAGUAACAAUCCAGUCCAGAGUAUUGCAUGCAGUCUUCCAGUAGACUUUGGGAAUAUUGGAUGAUUGUUCUUGUACAAAAGUUGCUCUGUGUGAGGGUUUGGCAAGACUAGAGAACUUUUUGUAUUGUGAGCAGUGAGAUGAUUUAAAACAGAUUAGUUGUUACUCAUGGACACUGCCAUUUGUACCGAAGCAAGAGACAUACAGUAACAAAAAAUUUGAUGAAAUUCUUGAUGCUCUCAUGUCAAAGGAAUAAAUCUGACCUCCCAUCACCACCACUGAUUUAAACUAGGAAAUUGCUACCAGUCAGCUCUUGUGAUAAGGCAGGAGUACCUGCUUAUGAUCCACAUUUGGUAUAUUGCAUCUUUUCCUCUUGAUCAUUGAAAACAGCCAACUCAGGAGCUCUACAAAAAUUAGAAACCAAAGAGCAUCAGAUUUAGUAUCAGUACUCAUUUAUGACUUUUUUUUACAAAAAAUUAGAGGACGUUAAGUAGGAACCUUGAGUAUACGUGAUGAUGACUCUCUGCAAUAAUUGGCUACAGUAUCAACGACUUCACCACCACACAGAACAUGGCCAUUUGCACUGUGUGCAUCCUUAUCGCGGAAAGACAGAGUUGUACUUACCAGAACCAAAUGUGUAUUAUUUAUUCAAUAUUAACUGAUAUAAAAGAGUAAAAAAUAUCGUAACAGUGCUGUCCAGAGGGAUGCACACUCUGCACUGGCCGUGAAUUUGAUUGGUGACGGAUUUCAAUGAUUAACAUCUCUGCAAGCACAUGAAAGAACAGCCAGAAGCUGACCAGGUUCAACAGUGAAAAGGAAACGUGAACAUCUGAGUCCCUGGCGGUACUGGCCAAACAUUUUGUAUGCCGUGCUGGAGGGAGGCAAGUUAACAACUGCUGAAGUGCUGAGCUGGUCAAACUGCAGGUCCAGUGCCCUUAGUCAUGAAAGGUUCAAGCUGUGAUUGUGUAGAAAACAAAUGUGUGGUAAUAGCUGUUUUGUACUUUCCUGAAUAACAACAGGAUUUCUGUUGCAGCUAAGUCAACUUUCAGGGGCCACUGCUCGUUUGUGUUUCAUUUUGUGAAACCCACAAAAUAUUUAUGUCCAAGAAAUUGCAUCAGUGCUCAACACACUUGAAACCAUUGGAUUGAAAUACUGUUGCAUUGGAGAAGGUGAAAGAGUCUGGAGACAGACCUGGACCUGUGUGUGAAAGUGUUGAAACUUGCCUCCUUCCUGUUCCAGCCAAAUUGAAAUGUCCUCUGCAUUGUUUCAAGCAAUAUUGGUGUGCUAACUCAUGUCUCAGGCAUGGUCUGCUUGCCAGUAAACUUGACAUGGGUACCAGUACUGAACACAGUCCACAGCAAAACAUGUUGACUUACUGGCUUUGUAUUUGCUUUUGUAACUUGAAACCCCCUUGUACUUGUAUGAUUUGCUUGUAGUAGCUUUUGUGUUGUUUUAUGUGCCUGAAAUGAAAGCAACUGCAUCACAAUCUUGGACUUAUUUUUAGAUAUGAAUUCCCUUACCUGUGAACAAGAUAAAACUGCAUCAUGUUUAAUAAAAGUUGUGCCCUAUGAA